GACCUUAUGGCAUAGAGAAAAAGCAUAAUUUACAAUGAAGAAAACACACACUCCCUUCGCAUUCCUCUUUCUCUCUCUAUUCCCAAUUAUUCUCUCUCUUCUCCGUGCGGCAUCAGCAGCAGCAGCAGAGUCUCCGGUACUCGACACCACCGGCCAAAGCCUCCGCACAGACCUCUACUACUUCAUCCUCCCGGCGGUCCGGGGCGGCUACGGCGGCGGUGGACUCACUCUCUCCGCCGGCCACAACGCCACCUCCACCUGCCCUCUCGACGUCGUCCAAGAGCAACUCGACUAUGGCCUUCCCGCCACUUUCUCUCCGAUUAACCUCACCAAGGGCGUCGUUCGAGUCUCCACAGAUCUCAACAUCGUGUCCUCACCUAGGGCUUACAGUGUCUGUGUGGAAUCGAAUGUGUGGAGGCUCGAUAGCUUCGACGAAUCGACUGGAAAGUACUUCGUGUCGACUGGGGGUGUUAAAGGAAACCCUAGCCGAAGAACGUUGAGGAAUUGGUUUAAGAUCGAAAGGUAUGAAGAUUUUUAUAAGCUUGCGUUUUGUCCAAAUGUGUGUGGGGUUGCUGAGAUGUGCAAAGUUUUGUGUAAAGAUGUUGGGGUUUAUGUUGAUCGGAUUGGAACGAGAAGGUUGGUGUUAAGUGAUGUUCCAUUCAAAGUCAUGUUUAAGAAGGUCUGAUCUGAGUUCUGAAUUCAAUUGUAUGAUCGAAAUCUUUACUUUUUAGAAAUUUUCUUUUGAGUUAUCAUUCCUUCAUCAAAUGUUGUACUAAUAAAAUUAUGUUUUGAAUAACAUGAAUGAAAUAGAGAAAA